CAUCAAUCAUUGUGUUCUGUGCCAUAGUCCAGACAGGAGUUCUAGUGUUGGGCAUCACAGGGAGAGGAGGACUGACAGAAGCUUCAUCACUGCUGUAUCUUGAGUAAAGGUGGAUAAUUUAGUGUGGGGUAAGGAAGUGUAAGUGAGAACUAGUAGAGGUUGGCGGCGAGGUUGUGGCAGCCUGACUCCAUCCCCAGAGCCGUCGAGCAGCGAGCAUCCCAGCAUCAUUAUGAGAGGCAGAGGUCGUGGUCGUGGCAACUGGCGGUCACCAGCUCAAUCUGGUGACUUGCAAGAAGGUUCGGUGAAUAAUCAACAGCCUUCAUCAAUGGACUUUUAUCAGGAUAACCUGCCUGCUCCAAUGGAUUCUAAAAUGGAUGUUGGUAAUGAGGUAAUUUGGCAAACGACGGGAAAUGUACGCAUGAACUUACCAAAGGUUCCCGUGUCUGAUAGUGACACCUCAAUGCAAGAGGGAGAACAGCAGCCAGAAAACAGGAAACGUCCCUGGGAGAAGCCAGGAGGCAUCAAGAUCAAGAGAAAGAAGGUGCCAGGAGCCAAGAAUCUUAAGAUCCGGAGGUAUGUGCAGCCUAAGAAUGCAGUUAUGUGCCUCAACGAACUUCGGCCUGGAGUGACGUACACAACGGAGCAGGAGGGAGGAGUCGGUCAACCAUUCUGUAUAUCUGUAGAGGUUUCUAAUGGGACUGAAACACAAAAAUAUAGAGGCUUUGGGUCAUCUAAACAACUGGCAAAGCAAGCGGCAGCAGAAGCGGCACUAAUAAGCUUUGUGAAACCACCCGUCACUGCAAAUUCUACAGAAAAUCAAGAGGAAGAUAAGACCCCUUGGGCUACGCUUGCAUCAUUUGCCAUAUAUAAACUGUUCAACGAUUGGCGUGAGGGUAGAGUUGGCAUGUGCCCUCCCCCUGCCCAGCCUUACGGCACUGCAGUUCCACCUGGAUUUCAAGCAUUCCUAAAUCAGCCUGUGGGAGGAAGUGCCGUGAAGGAGGAGUCUCCACAAGCUGCUGCAUUUGCUGAAGCAAUAUGUGCUCAUCUAGGAGGCCGUGCACCAAACACUCCUGCAACUGAUGCAAAACCGGACACAAAUUUGUCUUUCCAGUCGACAGAACCUGUGAAAGUGCCAAAUCCAGCCAAGCAAGUCCCUGAAAAUGCUGCCGGAAUGCAUCCUGUCAUGGUCCUGCAUCAGAUGAAACCUGCAGUGCAGUACUCUGUUUCUCAGACGAUGCGCGAGAGCAAGCCUUUCUUUACUGUCUCGGCUGAAAUUGAUGGAAAGGAGUUUACUGGAGAAGGACCCAAUGUGAAAAAAGCAAAGUUCUUCUUGGCCAAGGAAGCAAUCCUGGGGCUGUAUGGUGUCGAGUCGACCUUUGAAACUCCAGCCUAAUUUGGUAACACACAUAGGUGGUGAUCUCCACAAUUCUUAACCUAGAAUAACAUAACCAAAGUGUUAAAAGUGAUAUUUGUCAGUCACUUGUAUCUUAAGAGUAUCCCACAAGCAUAUACAUUUGCUAGAUAGCACUUGACCUACAACCUUCCUACCUAAUAGCUCUUGUAACCUAUUUAAUUAACCCAUAGCAAUUAAUUACAUGAUGCUGACCAGUUACUGUACUGAGCUGCCAUGUAUGCUUGGAAAUCCUAGCCUAAGAAAUACAAAAUAUUUUGGCAGUUUAGCAUGCAGUUUUUUUUUAUACAGUACAUAUAUAUAUUUUUAUUAAUAAAUUUGUUUUACCAGGAUGAAAUUACAUACUGCUUAUGUAACUCAAGACAAUGAAAUUGGUAAAUUUCAUUUGUUAAAUGUUUUGAUUUUGUUACUAUUAGAAUGAUUUAUUUAUUAAAGAGAAUAUUCUAAUCAAUGUAGUUUCUGUAUCGUGUUUCAAAAGUAUGAAAUAAGAUAGAAAAUCCAGGAAAAUAAAAAGAGUAAAACA